CCGUCAAAAAGUACUCGUCAAAAGACAAACGACGGGGAUUUCCACUUUUUCUGGUCGUCAAAACGUGGUUUGACUGUUGAAGAAAGUCCUACAAAAGUCAGCGGCGUAAAAGCACUUUCCUUAGUGACUUGAAUUGCUAAGGAAAUACCCACAGUUUCUUUUUAUACAAACUGGUAUUGUUGUGUUGUAGAAGGUCAAUAGCGACUCGCGCACCGGCAUCAGUUGUUGCGAUUUCUUUCUCUCGAUCGCUCGAGAGUUGAAUGGCUUUUGACCAAAGCAUAUCCUGGUUUCAGGAGAAGGUAAGAUCGAUGAUUGUUGCUCGAUAAAGGUAGCUUAAGUCCCUAAUGGUUUUUAAAUAGCCGAGUCUUAACAAAAUUUACUAGUUUCCUUGGAAUGACAGUUCAUUCAAUAUUUACAUUCGAGCUUUGCUGAAUGUUGUACUGGUCGACUUUAAAGACACCAAGUCAGAUUUAACCUUGAUUUAGAUCGUGUUUUGGUAAUAACAUGUACGCUUUGCCCUUAUUAAAAAGCCCUGUUAUCUAGCCAUAGUUUAUUUCCUUCAAGAAACGCGAGGAAAAAUUCUCAGCUGAUUGCAUGAUCGUUUUGCGUUUACAUUCUCAAAGUAACAUACAAAAAAACAAGCCACUUAAAAUCUCUAUUUUCACGUCGAAAACGACAAGAUACUUUUCUACAGCAAAUGUUACCGGUUUAAUGGUUAAGCCGUGCAUGAGCCUGGCGUUCGGAUUUCGUCCUUUAAUUCUUACAAUUACUGGUCAUGAUAGCCACACGAUUUUAGGCUCCGAGACAGCCCGAGGAACUUUUGCUAAUAUGCAAAUAUUUUCAGCUGAAUUGCUUCUACUCAACCCAUAUUUCCAGGUUUAACUUUUAUGAUUUAUUAUUUUGUCUAGCCUAGUGGAUAAUUUAUCACUUAACAGAGAAAAUAUUUGCAUACUUCUUUCAAACUUUUUUUUGUCUAUAAACGGCUGAUAAGUUUAAAAGCGUUUAAAAAUUAUUUUGUUCUUAUUAAUUGGAAAAUAAUAAUGUCUUCUGAAGAAAUGCAAGGAGAUUGUCUGAAGAUAUUUCUAUAUUAAAGUAUUAACCUUGGUUCUUUCAGAAACUUGUCCAAUACUUCAUUCCUCCUACAGAAUUCCUUCUUUGUUGUUGUCAUUUUUUAUAAAAAACAUCUCUGAGACUGAAGAAAGGGCUAAAUGAUAUAUGAAACACAUCUUAACAGCCAAAUUAGUUCAAAUUAUAUUUCACAAUCCAAAAGGAAUAAUUUAUUAAACACAAUACAUGUAUGUGGCCUCUAGGAAAUGCAUAAUUAAUAUAGUUAACUGAUUGUAUGACCCCAGGAAUGUAUUUUGGAAUUCUCCAAGGGGGAUGCAUUAAUAUGUUAAACCUGCUGUUUACUCAGGGGUUUAACCAAAUGUAUGUGAAAUACACAGGUUGCUGUGGUAUUUUGAGGCAAAAUGAAACGGCAUUGCAUUCCAAAGUUGGAGGGUAACCAAAUUGGAGAGGAAAGAUUUUUGUACUCUGUCGAUGCCUGGUUCAGUGAUAUCUUAGAUCUUACAAAUAGAAUAAUUUUUCACUUAAGUUGUGUGUAGCCAUUUUCAUAAAAUUUCUUAAGCAUAAUAGAUGGUGAACUUGGCAUUGUAAAUUCUGAAUUCGGCCACGCGUCCAUCAUUUUCAGAGGUAAAGCUGAAAAGAAUAAUUAGAGUGUACUCGCUAAUAGUUGAUUAUUGCUAGUUUGUUUACAUAGCUUGGCAUUUAGUUUACUCAGAUGGUUGGGCCUUUGCCAACCAAAUUGAACUUGCACUAAAUUAAACAUGAUUGUUUAUGUUGGUUAAUUAACUGAAUUUUGCAUUUUAAUUUAAAAAUUGCACUUUUACCUAUGAUGACAUGUGAAAAUUUUGUCCUUUCCUGCAUAGGAACUUUAAAAGCUUAUCACAGAGAUAUUUAUCAUGAAGUGGUUGGCAUGGGGAAUUUGUCUCAGUAUCAGAAAGGUCUUUUUCUUGAUGAAAAGUUAUAUUCCUUGCCAAAAACAAAUGUCCCUUCCUUGAUAGAAAAGUUUCUUUCUCAAAAGAAAGGUUCUUCUAUAAAAAGUAGGUCCCCUCCUCGAUAGAAAGGUCCCUUCCUGGAAAGAGAAGUCCCUUCUGUGAUAGAAAGACCCCUCUCUUGAAAGAAAGGUCCCUUCCUGGAUAAAGAAGGUCCGUUCAGGGAUGGAGAAGUUUUCUCCUUGAUAGAAAGAUCCCUUCCUUGAUUCGAAUUUUCCCUCCUAGAUAGAAAGUUCCCUGCUUUGAUAGUGUAUGUUUUUCGUUUUCUAGCUUGGUAAAUAUGAUAAAGCUUCAUGGGAAAGAACUUUUGAGGAGCAAGAGCAAGAAACUGUAAAUAUUUGCAAUAUUAUUUCUGUUAUUAUGUUCAAUAUUAUGAUGAAUUUUCUCUUAGACUCACAAGCUAAAAAGAUGCUGCGAUGAAACAACAAGAAUGUACAAUGUAUAGGACCAGUUUGACUCUGAAAAGGCUCAUUUCAAUAUUGAAUGAGUCAGGAUUGAGGUCAUUAUCAUAGUCAUCAGCUCAAUGACCUUGUGCAGAAAAGAAAUCUGGGUUGUGAGCCUUGCAGAGUCAUGUAAUGACAGCUUUGGAACUGCAAGAACCUGAACAUUUCCAUUUUUUUCUGAUUAUGCUUAUGACUACAUACAUGUACAUCACUCGUGAUCUUGUGAAAACCAGACUGUUUGAGUUGAAAGCAAAAGUGGAAGAAAAAAACUACUAAGUAAAUUACAGUACGUGUUCCCAUGCAAGCUCUGAUUAAACCAAUCAAUAAUAGGUGGGUGUGGGGAAGGUGCCUGAUGAAACAGAAGUGGGGCGCAAGCAAGCCUAGAAGGUGACCAUGACAACCCUGAGAGCGGCACCCACCGGGCACCGUCACACUGAGAACCUCAUUAGAAAGAGGCACAGAUACUUACCAAAACAGCAUCCAGAGAGGAGGGAGGGUUGGGGGCAAUAAACAACUAUAACUACUGCAUGCAAAAGCAACAUGAGCAAAAUGAUUGACUCCUGCAACAGCGCUGUAAAAUUACUAAGGCCCUGCUAAACCCCAAGUCCACCCCACAUGCGAUUACUGGUGGAGACCACUGGCCAGUAUUGUCUCAUGUUUAACCUCGCCUAAAUUACAUUUAGCCACAUUUUGUUAUAGAAUACCACUGUAGAUACUAGAUUGUGGUACCUACGAUAUGGUCAGUCUUACUUGUAAUCAGAAUUUAGUCGUCAUUGACUGGUCUAGUCUCCUUCAUACUUACAAAUUUCGAUAACUGUUUUCAGUGAUCAGAAGCAUUUUCCUUUUUUAAAUUCCUUUCCUGAAUCAUAUGCUUUAAUUUGUAGGGUUUUAUAGAUGUUCCCAAAAAGCCCGGUGGUCUGAAGCCUGAACUUAUAGAUGUUGAUCUUGUUAUUGGUAUGUGCUUAGAAAAACCUUUCAAUUAAUGAAUGUCUACCAGUAAGUUCUUUUGAUUUUGGUGUAGACUGGGAAGGUCUUUGUCAAGGUCAUGGCUUGAAUUUGUUUCCUUUAGUUAUUAAAAAUAAUUUUUAACUUAAUUAUAACUACAGUGUAUAACAAAAUUCGCAAAUCCUAUUGGCUAUCAACUGUCCUGAUUUCAGCACUGAUAGGACAGUGAAAUAGAACAGUAUGCUUCAUGCCUAAGCAACCGGACAAUGCGUGCCAUCGCACGCUCUAACUUAAAUGGCUUUUUUCACUGCUAACGAAAAACUCUCAGAAUUUCUUAUGUUUACAUUAAAAACCCUAAAAUAUCACAAAUUUUGUUAUAGAUAUGAUUAAUUUGUAAUAGGACUUCAUGUCAUCCAAUUCGCUCUGUGAUCAUCUUCGUGGUCAAACAAAUCAGACUCCUACUACAUGGUUGUCCAAUUUUGUUAAUCACUCGUAUGAUUACAGACCAAAUUGGACUCCACUCAGUCCUGGUAACCAUGGAUUAUUUAUUUUUCUUGCAGGCUCCACAUUCCCCAAGACAAAACCAGUUCACACUUGGUCAGCUGUCACCCAGAAAGGUGUAAUCCGAGUUCUUCUCUUCCCUUUCUUUCGAUCAUGGUAAGGCAACCAAUAUAUUUAAAAACAUUUUACUGUGAUCAGAAUCUAAUUUCUCCUUAUGAUUAUCACCGUAAAUCAAACAUGAAGGUUGUGAGAAUCACAAGGAAAUGUUCAUCAACAAUAAAAGUCUGGUGAUUUUUUAUUACUAGUUUUCAUUCUAAAAACAUGUACCAUGAAAAUGCAUUGAGAUCAGUGUAGACCCUAGCCUAACAUGAAUUUCCAUGAUUUUACUCCAUAAUUAUCUUGCCCAAGCCUUUUGGAUUUGCAGCCUAUCAAUAUAAUCCUGUGCAAGUAGGAAAAUGUUAUUGAGGAUGCACAUUAUUUUAAAAUUUGGCCGUGAUCAGAGCGUAAUAUAUCGAGUGGUUUUAUUACAAGGCAGUUACCAGCCAAGUACAAAGAAUAAAUUACUCCAUUGGCAGCUGCUUACCAGCCUUUUUCUUGUUUGUUCAAUGUUUACUAUUUCCUGCUAAAAUUGUAUAUGGCCAUAACAGUACUUAAGCUGGGUGGCUCUUAAUGCCUUUGUACUUGAAAGGUCAUUGAAAUCCAUACAGUAAGUGCAAGUAUAAUGUGUUUAAUACAUUUGUAGACAUUGCACGGAGCUUAAAGAUUUUCUUUCUCUGUUUCUCUUGUUUCAGGUGGACCCAGCAAUUGUCCCCCAGAUUGUGGUUCCUGUUCUUGUUUUUGUAUUUAUGUGAAAUUCUGGUGCUUGUUAUUUAUUUGAGAGAAUGGGAAUCUCAUUGGAAAGUAAGUAAUUUAGUAGCAUAUUGAUGUACUUUACUUUGAUUCCUGUGGGUGUAGGUGAGAGUAAUAGUAUUCUUGGUAUUCUUGUUAGCCUGUGUCACAGGCGGAACAAAACUUCUGGUUAAGUCUGUCUGAAGAUAACUGCCGAAAUCCUUGUUCUGGGCCUCCAUCUGUGUAGCGGGAUUUGACUAGGCACCGUGAUUGGCCCUUUAAAAAUGCCAUUUUCAUUUUGCCUAUCAAUGGGUUUCCCAGAACAAGGAUAUCGACACUGCUUCACAGACUUUACUAACAGGGGUUGAUUAUGUCUUGGACGCAAGUUAUAUUCUUGUGUUCUCUCACUAAAAUUUAAGGAUGUGUUGUUUGUGGGAUCUGUUUUGUGUAUGCCAUUUCCCAAAAAAUAACUGCUGUUUUUUUUUUUCAGGUUGUAACAUGGUCAGAGGCUUGUGGACCAGCUUUGGUAAGAGUUUUAUAUUAUAAAUUUUCUCCACCCCAAAAAAGAAGAUCAUUUACUAUAAAGCAAACUUCAGUAAAGAUUUGACACAAUCGGCAUAUCUCCCUUCCGUUGCAUCUAAUUUGUUUGUUAUUCACUUUUCUCUGACCAGUGCAUUACCCCGCCUUAUAUACUCUCAAUUUAAUUCUUAAUCUGUUUUUUGCUUAUUUGAAAGAAUGUCCAUUAUUACUCUACAUGUACACCAAGCAACAAAGUAACAAGCGGAAUCAGACCACUCUUUUCACUUGAUCAUACAGUAACGCUUUACGCUUCUUUGUUAGUGAAAACCAGCCUUUUAAAACUGCUUUGCUACACUGCUUUCUCCGAUAGUCUGUGAUAAAAAUAAAUAAUAAUUCUGUUUUAUUUUUUAGAUCAUGGUGUUGUUAGGGGUGUUGUAUAUGUACAUGGUCUCUACAGACUACUCCAGUUCUUCGGGGAGAAGAAAAGUCAAAAGCAUCCACAGAAGGUACAUGUAUAAAGCCGAGUUUUUAUCUGAGCUUAUGCAGUGAAACUACAACAUCAAACUUUUACUAAUAGCACCUGUUGACAACAACCACAUUUUCCAUCACUACAGAGGGGUUUAGUCUUGUUUAACUGGACAAAAUCAGAUACGAUGACCAGAUGUGAGUACACUUUACCUGUAGGAAUAGACAAAUUCAUAUUAAUACUUUAGACAGCUUUAAUAUCUUAGCUGUUGAAGCUGGUAGAAUUCCCCAGUGGGAGGGUGUGGCCCCCUCCAUACUUACCCCCACAUAUGUGGUUUUGUCAUGUGAAGUUUCUCCAACAUGCCUCUCAGUAGAUAAUCGAUAAUCUUUUGUUGCCUACUAUUAUUUUUUCUCCUCCUGCUUUCAAUUUUCUGGGGAACCAUGUUUCCUCUCAAGAAGAGCGCCAUGGACACAAAAAAUGCUUAGAAUCUUCGGUAGGCGACAACCCAAAUUUCCAUUUUUUUGGCAGUUGCUUACAUGUACAAUGUAUUUGUUUAUAACGUAUUUACUCUGUCUUCUACUCAUAUAUUUAAUCUUUGCUUUACAGAGGAAGAGCAGCUGCAAGACAGAAGAGAAAAGGCAGCGGACAAGAAAAUGGAGGAACAGCAUCACAUAACGGGCUGAUUAUAAAUGGUGUGCGGCAAAGAAAAACCCAGCAGGCUGCUGAAUCAGGGCCUGGUAAAGGCUAUUUUUUGUGUCUACUAAAGUUAUCAUAAACAGUUUCAUCAUCCUACCUCUAGGGCCAUGACCCAAGUUUGUAGUAGCCUGAUCCAGGCUCCGAGAUAGUCGGGUUCGCGAAAUUGAGAAAGCGCAAACACGAAAAUAAAACGGGAGGAAACUUCAGAUCAAUUUAUGUUUCGGGAAACUGCCCACCUACCCCUCCCCUAAGCUAACAUUAACACUUACUUCUCAGUUAGGGCAAAACGGUGGCUUAGGGGAGGGGUACGUGGGCAGUUUCCUAGAAACCUAAAUUGACUCGAAACGUUUUCGCGUGCUUUACGCUUGCGUGUCAUCCCUACUAUUUGAGAGCCGGGAACGUACUGAGUUGGUAGAGGGGUGAAACUUUGAUGCUGUCUUUUAAGUAAGACAAAAGAAAAGCCUAAAGAAUUUACAGGUUGUAUAGGCCAGCUACCUCUCUGUUUUAGAACCCUGUUUUGAAAAAUGGACAGAAAACAUGCAUGCUUGGCUGAAAACCUUGUUCUGGGCAUUUUUGCGUAAAAUUUUAUAUUGGUUCAAGACAGACAGGCCAGAAAACGGAAAAGCUGUACCCUCUCCCGACUCUGAGCAUCAUGUACCCACAAAGGCCUGCCCCACUUCCUCACUAGACUCUACAAUACAUGUAGAUCGGUGCUGAAUAUUACAAUAAGUUUUCAGACUUUUAAUUUCUGAUGAAGCUUUACCCAUGACUGAUGAAGUUGUACGUGCCGUUAGACAUAGAUAUGACUGUACAGAUCAAAGACCAGAGACUUUCAUUUUGAAGACACACUUUUGUUUUGUUAUCAGUGUGCGAUAACAAGUAUAACAGUGAAGCAGUGGAAAACAUUGAACAAGAGAAUGCAAAGGAUGCGGACAACGAUAAAACAGAAGAAGAAAUGAGCGAAAGCGGAGAAACAACAUCUUCUACAACGGAGAGUGAUGUGUCUGAUGUUGAAAUGGAUAGUAACAAUGAAGACCCGUUUGCUUGGGAUAAACAGGUAUGGCGCUUGUGUUUAUUUGGUAACCGGUCAUUUCGCCCCGGUAAAAUAGGGGGCUAUGUGACCGGGGCGAAAUGACGUGGGGGCGAAUUGACUUGGGGGCGAAAUGACCGGUAACCGUUUUGUCUGAUGGUAACUGAGUAUAUAUCCGUGUUAUUAAUACAAAUUGUAUUGCACUUCAGAUGAACGGAUCUCUUGGAUUGGAAGAACACCCAACUCCUCCACCAACUGCAGAAAAAGGUAACGUACAGCUUGAACUUUACCUUAGGAAACUGUAAAAACCCAGGACUUGUAACGGUGAUUUUAGGGUAUCGUAUGUUAGCAGGGGCCCCUCACCGAGUCGUGUGCCAGCCCCUGAAAUCGAGCUCGCGACCUCGCGCUACCACGACAACAACAGCAGUAAGAAAGCAAAAAGCUAGUUGGUAUUAUCUGCACGUGCGUCACGUUUUUUGAUUCAUUUCUGUGACGUAACUGCCCUACUACGACGUGAGAAGUGAGGACGUGAACACACGACGACGAUGUUUUUCCCUCUCUUUGAAACUGGACACAGUCCUUAAGAAUUCUAACCGCUGAAAAAUUCAAGCUGCACCCACCCUUGAUGAAUUGAGCGAGGAUUAAAUAAACGCGAUGAAGUUGGAAAAAGCGCAGGUGGCGUGUCCUUUGCUGUCGUUGUUAAGUUUGCUCAGACUCCCUAUAAUAAACGAAAUCAUCAUUCGUUAUCACUGAUUUUAUACUUUUCAGUUAUGGUUUCAAUCUGGGAAGGAAACCAAUGUAAAAAAGCUCAGUUGACUCUCAUGGAAAUAAGCACUGCCAUUAAGAAUAAAGUGGUAAGUCCCUCAAGAUGCGGUGGAUUUUCAUUUUUGUCUUUUUCUCUCAAGCAAAAGUGUUUGUGAGCGUUGCGCGUCAACUGGAAGUGAAGCCAUGAAGCUGCCAAAUUUGUUUUGCUAAGUUUCUUUACUCUUAUAGAAACAAUUUGCUAGUGGUAAUUUCGGGACAAAACCACUGCCAAAGAAUGCAAAUCGGCCACUUCCGGUUGUCGUGCGUUGUUAAAAAACGUCCUAUUACUUAGUUCAAACUCCUGUGUCUUGCUCCUUUCCAGGAUACCCACAAAAGCCACACCGGCUACGCGCAGUUUGCCAUUGUGGUCUCUGUUUUGCUGGCUUUUAUACCGUUACUCUUUCGUCUUUACAAUACAAGUGUAAGUAUUAUAAUAUUUUCUGCUUUUGGGUCAGGUUACCUGAAAUCUCGUUUUCUGGAGAGCACUCUGUUCUUUUCUAGUCGUAUUAGGAUUUUCUUAAGGUUAAUGUUGAACCUCUCCACAAUGGCUACCUUAGGGACAGAAGAAAUGGCCGUUUUGGAGAGAUGGCCGUUAAUUAUGGGGAGGUAGGGGUGUGAAAUGACGCUUGUCUUUUUUCCUGGGAGUCCAACAUGUUUAUUGUGUCAAGUUCAUGCUUGCUGUUAGCCGUAGUUAACUGACUCUCAGCCUGAGGUAUGUUCUAACUGAGAAAAGGUUCUUACAAUAUGGUACUGCAUUUACGCGCCAUACGGAUCAAAUUUCGUGAGAGAUAUUGACUUUGUCAUCAGUCCCUGAAAAAAAAAACUGGCCAUUGUCGAGAGGUUAUUUUGGCAUUUGACGACAUGCUCUAGUGGCCGUUGCGUUGUAGAGAGGUUUAAACAAGAGCUCAAUGUAUGGACUGUCCGCUGGGUCAAAAGAAGGCGGCCGUUCACUAGUGGAGGUUCGACUUUAUUAAAUAUUUUCUCUUUGUACCAGGGAAAGCUCGGAAAUCUUUGGAGAAGUAAUACUCCAGAACUCUUGUGUACAAUGUUUGGAUAUACAGUUUGGUGAGUGCCGGUUUAAUUCAUUUGGUUUCUGAUUGUUUCGUAUCCUUGUCUCUUAGGCAACCGUUUCUUGUGUCGUCACGCAACGCUCUUCCCCACAAGUGGGGAGGAGCGUUGCGUGACGACACAAAGGACGGCUUCGACGACUCAUAACCCUGCAUAUAAGCUUACUUAUGCUGGAGUCAAAAGUCUUAAUUUCAUUCAACCAGAUGCUAGGAGAUGAGAAGGAAAAAUAUACUUAGACCUGUAUGUAAUCAGGAAGAACUGUCGACCAACUAGUUGCUCUUCAUUUUCUCGGACGGAGAUUGAAGAACGCCAUGCUUGUCAAGUAUAGGUUCUUUGAUGGAUGACCAGGCCUACGCUUUUCCUCUCUCUUUUCGAUUCUUGUUCUGUUUACAUUACUGGCUAGUAAAUAUGACUUAUAAGGUCUUAUAAUCCCAUUGUCUUGUCAGCAACGUGAUAUGGACCUGUAUUUAUUGUUGCUUUAUCUCUCAGCAUUUGUUUCAGAGUUCCGCCUUAAGACUCGCCUAAUUGUAGCUAUUCAGCAGUUAGUCUGUCUGGUAAAUGUAGGAAUCAAACCAGAGCUAUAGCCAGACUUUCUCUUAUGCCGUCGCUGAAAACGUGAUCAAUCUCAAUAUUCCAACUAACAUAUAUCCUUUGUUUUUUAGGUCUCGUGUGAUUGUUGUUGUCAGCAUGUUGGAGAGAUUCUUCCUGAGUUUCUCGUUUUUCUUCUUGCUGUGCGUUGCAGAAAAAUCUUACCGAGAGGUGAGAAGUCAUACAACGUGAGCUUGAUUCUCUCCCCCAAGUUGCUCUCAAUUUGUCGCCCUACCUCGCUUGACCCUUCGCUGAUCUUACCCGAUAUUUCUCCAACUACAUUCCUCCUAUCUUUUUAAUUUUAUUAUUGGGGGGUGGUUGAAAUGUUUCAUGACGCGAAAAAAAUGAAUCUAUCAAUAACCCUUAAAUGUAACUUGCUGUUUCCCAGUCCUUAUGAGAGAUGAACGCUUUGGAUCGAUCAAGUUUCCAGGAUCUCUUUCAGGGAGACCCUGGAGAUUAGCUUCGAGUUAGCUUACUUAUGAGCGCUGUAUGAAUUUUUUUUGUCAUGUUUGUAUUCUAAAUCCCUACCCUGCGAUCAUCAUCUUAUUUUUCGUUUCAUUUCAGCGUUGCCUGUAUGCCAAGUUGUUUGGCUGGUUGACCUCGUCAAGGAAGUCUCGCCGUGCUGGUCUGCCACACUUUCGUCUCCAUAAAGUGCGAAAUAUAAAGACAUGGUUGUCUCUUAGAUCCUUGCUAAAGGUAAUUAUAUACAAUGUUUUCUUUCCAGAAUGCGCGUAUCAAAAAAAAUUGCUAGAAAGACGAUUAAAAGUAACAUUUUUUAAUUUUUAUCAGAGACGAGGUCCUCAAAGGUCUGUAGACAUGAUUGUGUCAUCAUCUUUCAUCCUUGGAAUGAUAUUAGUGAUACUGAUGUGUGUUCAGGUAAGUAAACGUAUCUGCCAUUUUUUUUGAACGUUUAGUGCGUUCAAUUUUUAUACAGUCGAAUCUCCAUGUGCGACCACCUCUCUUAAGCGAGCACCUCCCAUAAACGACCGCCUAUCCAAAACACCAAAACUUUCCCAGUCAAAGACUUACAGUUGGAAUGUCUAGUAAACGACCAUCUGCCAUUUUUUGAAAGUUCAGUGUGCGUUUUUUAAUUUUGUCAUACAUUUACGCAUUCUCUGAAUGUUCGGUUUCAAUCGUAGAAUAUACGAAGAACCAUCAUAGAGAAACAUAGUAACUUAAAGGAUCUUUCUAAGUUGUGGUUCGAUUCUUGUAAGCGAUCACCUCCGUUAAAACAAAAACUGUACAUGAAAUGAUUUCAAACGGACGAAAAUUAGGUGCGUUAAAACAAAAACAAAACGGACGAAAAUUAGUAAGAACUAUUGAAAAAAAAAUUAAAAGGCAUUAGAUAUCCGUUAAAGAUUUCCCAAGGGCGCAAGGAAAUCGAAACGAGGUAACGUGAUAGUUUUCUUUUCCAGACAGUCCGAUGAAUUGACUAAAAAUACUUUAAUUGAGUUUGAGAGCAGAUUAGCUGAAAGAUUUUGCGUCUGCUUUAAUUGGCCUUAAGAUUCGAUUUUACAUUCAACGCUGUAAUUGCACCAAUAGAGACUAGUGCGGACUUAAACGGCUGUGGAAGAUAAGGUAGACCGCGGGUGGUCGUCCUUCUUUCGUCGGAGCCACGCUUGGGGAGCGAAAAGUUAAAUUAUGUAAAUUUAUGGUAAAAAGGAAUAUAGAUUGGGGUGGAGAUAGAAGAGAGGUGCUCCCGAUCUACUGUGACUCAAAAGGAAAAUAAGAGACCGCUCGCUGUCUAAAGAUAAGAUGACUUCUCAAUUAGAAUGAACGUGGAAACCGGCAAAAGCGAUCGAAAAUAGUUAAGGGGUUUCUGUAAUCAGAAAGGAGAGGCUCAUCCAGGUUUUUGUUUUCUUGUAGCUCAUAAAAGGAAACGAAAAGGAGAGAUUUUUGUCCAUACUUUUUAACUGGGAAGUGUCAAUAUGGUGAGUAAUAUACCGUAAAAUUCCCAAAAUAAGCCCAUCAAUAAUGUGUUAUCCAAAUAAAACUUGCUGAUUAUAAUAAUAGUAACAACAACAAUAAUAAUAAUAAUAAUACUACCACUACUACUACAAAUAAUAAUAAUUUGUGUUUAUUUAUGUUAAGUUGUCUGUGUUUGUGUUUUGUUGUUACUUAAUGCGCUUUUUCAUUGCAGGUGUCUUGUGUUAUCAGUAUAUGUUCUGCGUUUCAUGACCUUGGGUUCCAAAAUCAACAGUAAAUUCACUAACACCUCAGGGCUACUCACAGAACAGGUGAGCAAAGGAGAAAUCCCUUUGUAUCAUGUUAGUGGAAAACGUGUAAACUUCCCGCCGGGAUCAAGGAAAGUCGGGGAGGCUUGGGGGUACUUAAGGGAAGUUUGGGUAGAGGCGAAAUCCCUUUGUAUCAUGUUAACGGAAAACGAAUAGGCUUUCCGCCGAGAACAAGGAGAGCGGCAAAUUCAGUAAGCACUCUUACAAUCAUUUCAUGAGGAAAUUAUAAUAAGUGAAGUUUUUUUCUCUUUACAGAUCAACCUUUAUCUUCAGAUGGAAAAAGCUCCUCACAAAAAAGAAGAUUUGACGAUUGCAAACCACGUCCUUAAGUUAGCCACCAAACUACUGAAGGUAUCACUUUAAGGGUUAAACACGGAUUGCACAAGGAUUAUAAAUUUACCGUAAAAUUCCGAAAAUAAGCCCCGGGGCUUAUAUUUUUCAAAGACCCUUUUUGAGUGGCUUAUUUUUGGAGGGGCUUAUCUACGGAGGAAAAUUUGCGUUUCAAAAUCGAUAGGGCUAGCCUUAUAGUUGGAAGUAAAUUUAAAGUUUUUGCUUUGUUUUACUUUGUAUUUGAGGGCAAUUUUCCAAGUACAAGCCCCCGGGGGGCUUAUAUUUGGAGGGGCGAUUUAACGGAGAGUUUUUUGCGUUACUGCUGUGCUUUGGGGGCUUAUAUUUGUAGGGACUUAUACAUGGAGGGGCUUAUUUUCGGAAUUUUACGUUAUUCAAAAUAGUCGCCGUAACGGUCAAAAGGUCUUUUGUAUGAGACAUCGCCUGUUUCAAGGGCGUCUAGAUUCAGGUCUCAACGCUUAUGGAUUUCUGUUGAGCCGUGAGGACUUUUAACAAAAGUAAUCUUUCUCAAAUACCCCGUAGAUAUAAAAAGAACCAAUUUCUCAGGAAAGAAAAGCAUAGUGUUUUUCGCAUCAUGAUAGUGAUUGCUAACUGUUAACUGCUUAUUUAUACAUUUACUGGUUAUUAUAUUUAUUUAUUUAUUUAUUUAUUUAUUUAAAUGCUCACUUUAUUCGAGUGUCAAUGUAUUUAACGUACUCAUUGAGGACGCUGUUGUUACGUCUCCUACUGGAAACGGGACGGUUGUUAUAAUUGGUCAUCCGAGCCGCACGAAGGUUCAGCCGUUUGCAGGGCAAAGGCCGUACUCCCGCCUUCAUUUUUGAGGUAUUUUAACAUAUGGUCCGGUCCCGGGAAUCGAAUCCGCGCCCUCUCGCUCUGCAAUCAAGCGCUCUACCGACUGAGCUAGGCCUGCUGCAGUAUUUAUUUUUUAUUUUAUUUUUUUCAGGAAAUCGAAAGCCCGUUCAAGAUGUCUGGUUUGUCGAUGAACCCAUUGUUGUACAACAUUACUCGAGUGGUAGUAUUGUCUCUUUUCUCAGGAGUCAUGUCUGAUCUGCUGGGCUUUAGACUAAAGGUACAA